AUGACCAUCACUGGUGUAGAUGCUAAAUCUGAGCUGGAUUCUUCUGUGUUUCACCCACAGGUGGGUGGACGACACCCGACGUGUAACUUCCUGUUGGAGGUGGAGCGAGACAAGGCUGAAUGUCUGAGGAGGCUGAGAGAAGAGGAGGAGGCCUCAGGAAGUCAGAGAGAGUCGGGAUGCAAAGGCAUUUGGGACAACAUCACAUGCUGGGAGCGAGCCGAGAUCGGAGAGACCAUCAGCAUCCCCUGUCCUCGAGUCCUCAGGAUGGUUUUUGGCCGAAAGGGUAACAUCAGCAGGAACUGCUCAUCAGCCGGGUGGUCGGACGUUUUCCCAGACAUCUCAAGCGUGUGUGAGUCAGACGCCAGCCAGGACAAGCUGGUCUUCUACCGGAUCGUGAAGACGCUCUACACCCUGGGUCACAGCCUGUCGCUGAUCACUUUGACCACAGGGAGUGCCAUCCUCUGUCUGUUCAGAAAACUCCACUGCACCAGGAACUACAUCCACCUCAACCUCUUCUUCUCCUUCAUCCUGAGAGCUGUAGCCGUGUUGGUGAAAGACGACAUCCUCUUCAACCGGAACUCCAAGUGCUCCAACCAGCCGUCUCUGGUGGGAUGUAGAGCCAGCCUGGUGUUUUUCCAGUACUUCAUCAUGGCUAACUUCUUCUGGCUGCUGGUGGAGGGUCUGUACCUCCACACUCUGCUGGUGGUCAUCUUCUCUGAGAACAGACACUUCAUCAUCUACAUGUUCAUUGGCUGGGGAAUCCCCACGGUGUUCGUCUUUGCCUGGGUGAUGACGAGGGUUUAUCUGGAAGACACAGGAUGCUGGGAGAGAAAUGACAACCCCAUACCUAACUGGGUAAUCAAUGGACCGAUUGGAUUCUCGAUCAUGGUGAACUUCAUCCUGUUCAUCAGCAUCAUUCGGAUCUUGGUGCAGAAGCUGAGGUGUCCUGACGUGGGCGGCAACGACCAAUCACAGUACAGGAGGUUGGCCAAAUCCACUCUCCUGCUCAUCCCGCUGUUUGGGAUCAACUACGUGGUCUUCGUGUCUCCCAGUGAAUCCAUCGCAGAGGAUUAUAAAAUCUUCUUUGACCUGGCGCUUGGAUCCUUUCAGGGUCUGGUCGUGGCCAUUCUGUACUGUUUCCUCAACAGUGAGGUUCAGGGCGAGCUAAAGAGGAAGUGGCGGAGUUUUCGUCUGAACUGUCGCCUGAACAGAGCGCACCAACUAAAUAACACCCUCGCAUCCAGGAACGGCUCAGAACACAUGGUUCACUUUCACAGAAAAUCCAGGACUCAGUCCAUCUUGCAGUCCGAGACCACGGUGAUGUGA